AUGCAGAAUUUCUCACACACGAUAUGGAUGGGUGACUUGGAACCCUUCAUGGAUGAAACCUUCAUUCGCCAAGCAUUUGAGUUUCAUGAUGAGAAAGUGGUUAGCGUCAAAAUAAUCCGUAAUAAAGCUACAGGUCAAACUCUCGGCUAUGGCUUUGUCGAGUUUCUUGAUAGCACCGCUGCAAGAGAUGCAAUGCUUAAACUAAAUGGAAAGCCGAUUCCUGGAAUUCCUACUCGUCGUUUCAAGCUUAAUCACGCCAGCUAUGGAAAGGAGAAUACUGCUGGUGAAUUUUCCCUGUUUGUUGGGGAGUUAACAGAAGAUGUGGAUGACCUAAUCCUUUUCAAUGCCUUCAAGAAGUAUCCUUCAUGUAGAUCAGCUAAGGUCGUCAUGAAUAAUGGAAAAAGUCGUGGGUACGGUUUCGUGCGUUUUGCAGCCGAGGCAGAUAUGGACAAGGCACUUAUUGAAAUGCAAAAUUUCUCUGGGCUCGGCUACAAACCCAUUCGUGUUAGUCUUGCCAUUCCAAAAAGAUACGCCGCUGAUGGUCAACUCAUUCAAGCAGCCAAAGAUGAACAAGCUGCGGCUGCUGCUGCUUCAUCUCAUCUUCCACUGGGAAUGGCAGAUCCCUUCACAGCCGCCGUGGCUGCUGCAGUGAGUGGAAGUUCGCAGGCCCAGGCAGAGUACUAUCAAGCCUAUGCCCAAUACUACCAACAGUACUAUGCCUCCCAGUAUGCCCAAUAUGGCUAUAGUGGUUCGAGUGGCGGAGCGGCGGGUGAUGCCACAGGGGAACAAGCAAUCGCUGCUGCUGCGGCCAAUCUCACAGCUUCAUACGGAGGUGUUUUUGCAGCAGCAGCAGCUGCUGCUACUGGUGCUGAGGAUCCCCUAUAUGAGCACACACCUGAACCUUCUUCCCUGUCUGCUGCAUUUGAUCGUCCACGUCAUAUACAAGAUCUGGAUGAGUGUUUCUGCUUCCUGGAGUCGUCAAGGUGGAACUACACCAAUCCAGAUGCCCCCUUACUUGUCAGUUCUGUACCUUAUUAA